AUGUCCAGCAAGGUGACCAUUGGCAGUGACAUUAGGCAAGCCCGCCGGGCUGUGGAGCAGCUGCGGAUGGAGGCGGGCAUUGACCGCAUGAAGGUAUCCAAGGCAGCUGCCGACCUGCUGCAGUUCUGCACAGAGCAGGCCAAGAGUGACCCCUUUCUCGUGGGCAUCCCAGCCACCAUCAACCCCUUCAAGGAGAAGAAGCCCUGCGCCAUCCUGUGAACCCUGUAGCCUGGA